AUGUCAUUCUCUGUCAGCUGCAAGACUCCCAAGACCACGAAGCUGCUGGUAUCUUCUAUUUCAGAGAGCGCUGUUGCUCUUAUUAUUAUUACCAUACGUAUACUUUUUUCCAUUGGCAAAAGCGAUUUCAAAAAAAUAAUCUCCAAGGAAAUAAAUGGUGCAGAAACAAUAUACUACAGAAAUAUACCGGAAAGUAAACCCCAAGGGAGUUAG